AGAGGGAGUAGAAAAAACAAAUUAUCAUCCGAAAACGCCCCGAAAAGGAUUUGUUGGCGGUCCAAUUCCAAAACAAUUCCUAAACCCCUAAUUUCCGUCGACGCUCUCCCUCCCAGUUUUUCCGUCCAACACAUUCCAAGCAAAGCAAAAGCAAAAUGGCUCGCCGUAGUUCAGGUGGAAGAUCUUCCCGCCCAGCCCCACGUCCAGCUGCACGCAGCCCACCUCCUCAAAAAGUGAAUAGUGCUCCUCCUCCUGCCCCAAUCCAAGGUGGCUCUGGUGGAUCCAUGCUUGGAAGCCUUGGUUCAACCAUUGCUCAAGGGAUGGCAUUUGGUACUGGAAGUGCAAUGGCACAUAGGGCAGUUGAUGCGGUUAUGGGUCCACGUACAAUUCAGCAUGAAACAGUUGCAUCUGAAGCUGUAGCAGCUCCAUCACCCAGCAUGGGUGGAUCUGAAGCAUGCGGCCCGCACAAUAAAGCGUUCCAAGAUUGCCUGAACAGCUAUGGAAGUGACAUAACUAAGUGCCAGUUCUUCAUGGACAUGUUGGCUGAAUGCCGCAGAAAUUUGGGUUCUAAUUCUAUGACGAGCUCAUAAAUGCAUCCACUGCAGCAUGCACUCAUUUGAAGAAAAUAUUUAUAGGAAUGUCACAAGGAUUCCUAUCUCAUUGAAUAUUGUUAUUGCACACCUAUUAUAGUUGCGGUCUACAGACCUUGUUCAUUGGGAAAUAAAGGCAAUCUUUGAAACAUGUUGAGUGUUGAUGAGGAUGGAUGCUCUUGUUCUUCAUUAUGAGAUUUUACCUUUGUGUGCUUUAAAUCUUGUACUAAUAUUUCCAAAGUUCAUGGCGAUUUAUUGAACUGCGGUGUCCGAAGUUUGUUAUUAUUCGGAUUGAUAAAAUCAUAAAUUCAUAAUGUACUCCCUUCGUUACUGUU